AUGUCCAAGAAUGUUGCCAUCGCUGGUGCCGGUGGCCUGGGAAGACAUGUUGUAAAUGCUCUGCUAGAGAGUAAGGAAUUCAAUGUCACUGUCUUGUCUCGCUCUCCAAAGCCUGAUCUUGAAGCAAAGGGGGCCAAUGUCAAGGUCGUGGACUACAGGUACCCCUCUCAGUUGAUUGCAGCACUGGAAGGCAUCGACACACUGCUCUCCUUUAUCGUCGACUUUGACGACUCCAAGGAGGGGUCCUCGCUAGGGGCGCUCGCGCACCGGAACCUGCUGACGGCGGCCGUCUCGCCGCGCGUCAACCUGCGCCGCUUCGUGCCGGCCGAGUACGCCAACAACGUGGCGGGCUUCCCGCGGUCGGCGCUCUCGUGCGAGCGCGACAAGCCGCACUUUCGCAACUAUGUCCGCGCCUUUUGUCCCGCCCGCGGCAUCGAGUACACCCUGAUUAGCAACGGCGUCCUCAUGGAUUUCUUUCGCCCCCGCGGCGACAAGAGCGGGUUUCCGGAUCUCGAGGCCGAGAUCAUCCCCCUGGACGCGGACAAGAAGACGGCUCUCAUCCCUGGCAAUGGCAAAAAGGACAAGAUUAGCUUUACGGCGGCGCGCGAUGUGGCGCGGUGCUUGGUGGCGCUGCUCAAGGUGCCGGCGGGCGGGUGGGAAGAGUACAGCUACAUCAGCGGCGACCGCCUGACGUGGGACGAGGCGGCGGACCAGCUCGAGGCCGCGCUGGGAGCCAAGCUCGCGAGGACUCAUGUCGGGCUCGAGGAGCUGAGGGCCCGGGCCGAGCAGGCGAGAAAGGGCGGCAACUUUAUGGACAUAAUGAUUGCCGAGCUGAAUGAGGUCUUUGGCGACGGCAGCGAGGUCUUGCCCGAGAACAACAAGUACUUUGACGGCAUCAAGUUUCAAAAGUUGGCUGAUGUGUUCCAGGAGUGCUAUGGUAAGGGGGCACGAAAGUAA